AUGGAUAACAACUUCAAAGGUAUGAAACAGUUUCCAGUUAUUUACUGUGCUAACAAAAAGGGAUGGAUAACAACUGACAUUACAUUGAAUUGGUUCGAACAUUACUUUGUUCCAGCAGCAAGAGCGCUCAUUGUGACUGUUGGUUUGAAAAAAACUAAGAUAAUGCUGAUUUUAGAAAACUGCUCUGCACAUCCAAAAGCAGAACUCUUGGCGAAGAAUAAUAUUUACGGUAUCUACCUGCCACCUAACUGUACAUCAUUAAUUCAACCCCUGGACAAUGGCAUAUUACGGCUACUGAGUGCAUGUAACUCUGGCAAACCAGUAAAUGAAUUUAUGAAAGAAUGUUAUAUGAGAGAUGUGAUUUAUGGAGUUGCAAAUGCUUGGCAGUCAGUAGAAUCAUCAACAUUGAAAAACGGAUGGCAUUUGUGGCCAGCUUUAUUGUUCAGUUCUGCACCUGGUGAGGAAAUUGGAAAUGAAUUUACGGGAUUUAGGGUUUCAAGUCAAAAUCAGAUUGUACGUGAACUGCUUUCUUAUGCUCAAGAUCUCGGUAAUCCUACUGCGAAGGAAGCUGCAUCGAGGCUGGAUGCAGAUAACAUUAACGAGUGGAUGGGUGUUGAUGAUGAUGAAUCAACUGUUCAUCAUUAUACUGACGUUGAAAUUGUUCAGAUGGUUGUAAAUCCAAAGACAAACAGCAGUGGGGGAGAAAGUAAUGAUGAAAACUAG